AUGAUGACCUUGGUAAAUCUAAAUAAAUUAGUGGAAACUCCAUUUAUGAUGGAAAUUAUAGUGUAAGUGUUGCCCAACAUAAUUCUUAAAGCAACUGAAAUUAUUAACAUUAAAUAAACCUUCUUGAAGAAUUUUUAAAAGAUAUUUAAAGAAUUCUUAAUAAGUAAAUACAGAAUUCAAAUGUAUAAAUCACAAUAGAAAAGGCAUUUUGAGUAGUCAAUAAAUGAAAUUAAUAAAGAAUCUGAAACAGAAAUUUAAGUUGAUUAAGAUGAAUUCUUGGAAGUUACCCAAAACGAUUUAUAUAUUUUGGAAGAAAAUUCUAUCCCUUAAUCAAUGUAAAAUUCUUAAGAAUCCGAGGGAAUGCAGACAUAUCUUUAAACAAUAUUUGAAACUAAACUGUUGCUACCAAAUUAGAUAUGCAUGAUCUAUUAGAAUACUCAAUUAGAUUUGCAAAAAUAAUGA